CGUUGUUUGCUGCAUGCAAAAAAUCUACCUACAGAAAAUAAGAGCGAGAGAGAAAGAAAGAAAGAUGGAAAAGGUUCUUGAGAAACCGCUAUUACAUUAUGAUGGAUCAUUAUUAUCUGUUUUUAGAGAAGGAGAUGUGGCUGCGAAAAUAACAAAGGUGAAAAAGGGAUCAUUAAAUAAUGAUAAUCUUUCACCCCCAACUCCAUUGUUAGUUGUUUCACCAAUCAUACCAGGAACUUAUCCAGUUUUACUCUUUUUCCAUGGCUUCGUUCUCAAGCCUAGCUGGUACAAGUCUCUCCUUCAACAUAUUUCUUCCCACCGCUAUAUAGUUGUUGCUCCUCAGUUUUCUCCACUGGUUUCUCAAAGCCAAGAAGUGAAAAAAGCAGCCAAAGUUACAGAAUGGUUAAGCAAUGGCGCCCUCGAAUACGUUCUUCCGGAGAAAGUGCAGCCGGAUUUACUCAAGCUCGCCGUCUCCGGCCACAGCAGAGGUGGUAAAACAGCAUUUUCACUAGCUUUAGGAUAUGGCAACCUCUCCAACUCAACAUAAACGCCUAUCAAAUUUCAAGCACUACUAGGAAUUGAUCCAGUUGCACGUAAUUAGGAUAUCAAAUGGACGAAUUGAGCGUAUAUAAUUUAGGCGAGUAAAUGUUAGCCCAGAUACUGCUCAGGCCCAAGCUCAGGCCCAACAGUCACAGUCCCAAUCUGCCAAGGAAAAGCAGAAGGCCCUUUUAUAGUUUUACACUUUACAUUUUAUAUUACAUUUUAUGCUUUAUUACACAUGUAAAUAUAAAUAGAGAAUACUGAGUAAUACAUUUUGGAUUUUUGGUCAAUUAAAAACUUGACCGACUCA